AUGUCUAAAGCAUCAACCGCCGCUCGCCUCCAAAACGACUUUGGUGCAGACCUUUGGGUCAAGAACCAGGCCCAGGCUCGCCAAGCAACAGCCGGACGAGGUCUCUUUGCCGGCCUCCAAGACGUCAAGCACUACAACGUCGAAAACGGAUGGGCGAAGCGCUCCGCCGCCAACGAACAGCCAGGCUUAUAG